CGGAGUUAAAUUGUUCUUCAAAGCUUCAAAUCAAAAUGGACCCUCGCUUCUGCUUGUGUCUUUUUCACUCUGAAUUUUCUUCGCUGAAUUUAACAUAUGUAUUGGAAUUGUAGAGUUGGAAUAAUUUUUUUCUUCCCUCUGCAAUGACAAAGAACAGAGAUACCAAUCACUACAAAAAAAAAAAAAAAUAAGAUUGAAAUGCGAAUGGUUUGAUUCUGAAAGUGGCAUUAGUUUUUCUUUUGCUUUAUGAGAGAGUGACAAAAAAAAAAAAAAAACAGUUUUAUUCGGAUUAAGCUUUACAAACUGAAGCCAUCACCAUGAAAAGAGUUCCAAGAACACAAGCAGAGGCUCUGAUAAAAUGGAAGAACAGCUUGGCCAUGGAAAGAUCAACUCUGGAUUCAUGGUCCAACAACAAUAUCAACAAUCUCUGCAACUGGACUAAUGUUGUCUGCGAUGGCUCCACUAGUGAAAUCUCACAAAUAGACCUCUCAAACUUGAAACUGAUUGGAACACUGGAGCAGUUCAACUUCUCUCCAUUCCUUAACAUCACCGUCUUCAACCUCAACAAAUGCAAUCUCUCUGGUUCGAUACCACCAGCCAUUGGUAAUCUCACCAAGCUCACUUUGUUGGACUUGAGUGACAAUCAUAUUAAAGGACAAAUACCAGUGGAGAUAAGCCGGUUAACAGAGCUUCAAUAUCUCAGUCUGUUCAACAAUUUUCUUGAGGGGCUAAUCCCUUACCAGAUCAGCAAUCUACCAAAGGUAUGGUACUUAUCCCUUGGAGCAAACAAUUUGGAGAAUUCUGAGUGGUCAAAAUUUUCAAGCAUGCCUUCUUUGACCUACCUUGAUAUUUAUUUGAAUCUGUUUAAUUCAACAUUCCCAGAUUUCAUAUCAAAGUGUAGGAACUUGACCUUCCUAGACAUGUCUCAUAACAGCUGGAAUGGUUCAAUUCCAGAGUCUGUAUUUUCCAAUCUGGGCAAACUCCAAUCUUUCAAUCUCACUUAUAAUCAAUUUAAGGGACCUUUGUCAUCAAACAUUUCAAAGCUUUCUCAGCUCACACACCUUCAUUUGCCAAAUAACUUUCUCAGUGGUGAAAUUCCUGAAGGAAUUGGUCUCCUACAAAAUGUUGAGGUUAUUGAACUGUAUAACAACUCCUUUAGUGGGAGUAUUCCUUCUUCUAUUGGCCAACUCAAGAAUCUCUUACGUCUUGAUCUUCGCAUGAAUUUGUUAAACUCAACAAUUCCUUCUGCGCUUGGUUCUUGCACUAAGCUCGUUUACUUGGCUUUGGAUGCAAAUAGACUCGUUGGGAAUUUGCCUUUGUCAUUAUCCAAUCUUAAUAGUGUCACAGAACUUGGCUUAGCAGAUAAUAAACUUUCUGGCCCUCUCUCCUCUGCCUUGAUCUCCAAUUGGACUGCUCUCACCACACUACAAUUUCAAAACAACAGCCUCAGUGGGCAAAUGCCUAAAGAAAUUGGGCUAUUGACAAAUCUUACCUUGCUUUUCCUAUACCAAAAUAACUUCGGUGGUCCAAUUCCCUCAGAGAUUGGAAACUUGAAGGCACUAGCAAAGUUGGAUCUUUCUGAGAACCAUCUCACCGGUCCAAUUCCAUCUUCUUUAUGGAACCUCAGAAACCUCUUCACUGUGCAACUCUUCUACAACAAUCUGGUUGGAACCAUCCCACCAGAGAUUGGAAAUCUAGAAUCACUGUCAACUUUUGAUGUUAACACCAACAGACUCUCAGGAGAGUUGCCGGUUAACAUUUCCAGCCUCAGCAACUUGGAGAGGUUCUCUGUUUUUAUCAAUAACUUCACAGGAACAAUCCCUAGAGACUUUGGGAAGAACAGUCCUAAGUUGACAGACAUUAGCUUUUCAAACAACUCAUUUUCCGGAAAGUUGCCACCAUAUUUGUGUAAUGGGUUCAAGCUAGUGACUUUGACUGUAAACAACAACAGCUUCACAGGACCAUUGCCCCAAUGCUUGAGAAAAUGCACCAAUUUGAAGAGAGUAAGGCUUGAUCAAAACAAAUUCAAUGGGAACAUAACAAAUGCUUUUGGUGUGCAUCCCGAUCUUGAUGCGAUCUUUCUUAGCGACAAUUCAUUCGUUGGUCAAUUAUCACCACAAUGGGGAGACUGUAGAAAUCUCACUAAUUUACAAGUGGGAAGAAAUAAAAUUUCAGGUAAGAUACCACCUGAAAUUGGAAAGUUAACCAAGUUGCAUGGCUUGAGUUUGGAAUCAAAUGGCUUGAGUGGAGAAAUUCCUGCUGAAUUGGGAAAUCUAAGCCAACUGUACAUACUCAAUCUCAGUAACAAUCACUUGAUAGGGAAAAUACCUCAAAGUCUAGCCAAUAUAACUGGUAAUCUGGACACUCUUGAUUUAUCGGCAAACAAUUUGACAGGGGAGAUACCAGAGUGGCUUAGUAGUUGUAAAAGCUUGUCCUCUUUGAACCUUAGCCACAACAUACUCUCAGGUAAGAUACCAUCAGAGCUUGGCAACUUGGUCUCUUUGCACUAUGUAUUGGAUCUCAGCAGCAAUUUACUUUCUGAAGAGAUACCCUCGAGCCUCUUCAAGCUUACAAUGUUGGAAAUUCUCAACAUCUCUCAUAACUAUUUGUCAGGUGGUAUUCCACAAUCACUUUCCAACCUAGUAAGUAUACGUUGCAUAGAUUUUUCUUACAACAACCUGACGGGUCCGAUCCCGACUGGAGGCAUUUUCCAGAAUGCAAUAAAAAGUGUUUAUGAUGGAAAUCUUGGUUUGUGUGGAAACGUUACGGGACUUGAGCCCUGCAAACGACAUACCAAGAAAAGUAACGAUGUUCUUCUUUUAGUCAUUGGUCUCUCUUGUGGGCUGGUAGUGUUUGUUACUGCCAUUGUUAUCACUCUCUUAUUGUGUCAUAAAUUCAAAGUGUUGGAUAAGCACAGAAAAAGUGCCAACCAAAAUGACACGCAUGAGACACUGAUAUGGAAGAAGGAAGCAAAAUUCACGUUCAGAGAAAUCAUGGAGGCAACCGAAGACUUUGACGACAAGUAUUGCAUUGGGAAAGGAGGCUUCGGCACCGUUUACAAGGCUAUAUUGAGAUCACAUGAGCUAGUUCUUGCGGUUAAGCGGUUGCAUAUGCAAGACUCGAGUGAUAUUCCAGAAGUUAGUCGCAUAAGUUUUCAGAAUGAGAUCCGAACUCUAACCGAAGUCCGACAUCGGAACAUCGUAAAGCUUUACGGGUUUUGUUCAAGAAAGGGUGGCUUGUACUUGGUGUAUCAAUAUGCAAACAGGGGCAGCCUUGCUAAAGUAUUAAAUGGCUCAACAAAUCUUGAUUGGGAUUCAAGGGUGAAGAUAGUUCAAGGAUUGGCCCAUGCAAUCUCAUACUUGCACCACGACUGUUCUCCACCAAUAGUCCACCGCGAUGUGUCCUUAAGCAACGUACUACUCUGCUCAGAUUUUGUUCCAAUACUGUCAGACUUUGGCACGGCUCGGUUGCUGAUCCCUGACUUGUCUAUCUGGACAAAUGUAGCAGGGUCUUAUGGCUACAUGGCUCCAGAGCUAGCUUUAACCAUGCGUGUGACAGAAAAGUGUGAUGUCUACAGUUUUGGAGUGGUGGCUUUGGAAAUUAUGAUGGGAAAGCACCCAGGAGAACUGUUGGAAUCUUUAUCAUCAACUCGGUCUAAAGCAUUGUUUGAGAAUAUGCUUUUAAAAGAUGUGUUAGAUCAACGGCUGUUACCUCCCACUGGGAGAUUAUCAAUGGUUGUGGUGUUAGUGGUGAGCUUGGCGCUGUCAUGUACUAGAAGUAGACCAGAGUCAAGACCCAGCAUGCAUUUUGUGGCCCAAGAAUUGUCGACCAAGAGUAGAGCUUCCAUGAUCUCUGAGCCAUUGAGGACGAUUACGAUUGAGAAGCUUGCUGCACUUCAAUAUCAGUAGUGGAAACAAUAAAUAUUUAUUUAAGUAUGAUGUUAUUCUACUAAUUAGUUAAUGUUUCUACUACUUGUUUCACAAGAUCAUAUAGUUCUGUAGUAAUUUUAGUUUUCUUUUUACUCAUCACUUGUAUACAAACUGCAAUAUUUAUUUCUGAUCGAAGAAAAAAAACAGAGGACUUUGUUGUUUU